AUGUCCUUACAAGGUACAUGGGCAGAUCAUAUCAUAAUUCAAGCAGUAGCUGAUGCAAUGAAUUUAAAAAUUCAUAUAAUAGAAUCAGAUGAAAAUUUUACAGAUACAACAAUCGUUGAACCAGCUAACAUGAUAGAAAAUGUUACUUCUAUAUUCAUAGGUCACAUAGGCGAAAUGCACUAUGUAUCGACUACUUCUGCUUUGUGUAGACAAGAUUCACAGGAAAGUAACUCAACUAAUUUGCCUAUUGAUAAAUCAGUGAAAAAUCCUCUUAAAAGAAGACACACACUUGAAAUACCAGAGAUAGUCAAAGUUAAGUGCAUUAAUACUGAAGGAAAAAAGGAAUUACUAGUCUCUUCCAAAUUGAACAAAACUUCAGAAAAGAAAAGUAGAGCAGCUUAUAUGAGAGAAUAUAGGUCAAAUAGAACUGAUUCAUUAAAAAAGGAAAAACUCAAGAAAACUAAGAGGCAAUAUAGAGCAAAAAAAUCAUGUCCAGAGGAAAAGGCCAGAAUCAAUGAAUAUCAAAAAAAGUAUAGAGCAAAGACUGCAAGCCCAGAAAAAAAGUAUAAAAUAAAUGAAUAUAUGAAACAGUAUAGAAGAAAUAAAUCUUCAAAAGAUAAAGCAGAAAAUAGCAUUGACAUUUGUAUAUCAAGUUUUCACAAACUUGUAAAUCAAGGUCCUUUAUAUAUUUGUAUAUGUUGUGACCAAUUAUGGUAUAAGCACAGUGUUUCUGAUUCAAGUAAAAUAAAAAAGUCCAAUCCUGAAAUUAUAAAAUAUCUUUGUGAUAAGAAGAGUGUUGAUGGUAAAGAGUGGAUUUGUGGAACAUGCCGCAGCUACUUAGUCAAAAACAAAGUACCCCCAUGUGCUAUUUCUAAUGGAAUGAAGUUUCCAGAAAAACCAGAUUUUUUUGACCUCAAUGAAUUGGAAUGUAGAUUACUUGCACCACGAAUUGCAUUUCAAAAACUGAUGCAAGCUCCUAGAGGCAAUCAACUUAAGAUACAUGGCAAUAUUGUUAAUGUACCUGCUGAUGUUACUAAUACAGUCAGUACAUUACCAAGGCUGCAGAGCCAAACAGGCACCAUUAAAAUAAAUUUAAAGAGAAAAUUACAGUACAAAAGCUCUGCAUUGUCACUGAAUGUAAGGCCAUUCAAGGUUAUUGAAGCAGCAAACUGGCUAAUCAAAAAUAGCAGCCUUUAUAAAGAUGAGGGCAUAGUAUUUGAUGCUAAUUGGAUAAAUAAGUUCAAUGAAGAGAUAGCACACAAUCAAUUUGGUGAUCAAAAUGGCUCAGUCACACAAAGCCAAAAUAAUGAUAAGGAAACAGAUACAAAUGAUGAAAGCAUAAACACUGAAGAUGAAUUUAGUGAAGAUGAAGGAGAAACACCUGCAGGUGUAACUGACACUAUGUUAACACCAACUGAUUUUGUAGAGGAUAAUGAAAGACAGCAUAUUCUUAAUGUUGCUCCAGCUGAAGGUAAUAAGCCAUUAAGUGUUUUUAGAGAUAAGUACUCUGAGGAAUUAGCAUAUCCUGGAAUAUUCUUAGGUCAAGCUCGACCAGAAAAUAAACAACGCUUAGUUAAGGUUAAUUAUAGUGAUAUCUGCAAAUCAGAAUUAAGACGCUCUGAUAGACGUGCUGCCAUGUGUGUUGAAAAUAUAUUCUAUAAAACAAAGAAAUUACAAAUGAAAAUUCUUUUAGGAAAGUCCAAUAUUGCUAUGAGGAAAUGUAAAGGUAAUAAUAGAAGUAUAAAUGCAGGUCAAUUGAAACAAGAGGGAGCAGUAGACAAAUUAAUUCGUCUUGAUGAAGGUUAUAAAUUCCUGAAUGCAUUAAGAGGCUCACCUCCAUACUUUGAGAAAGCUAAAAAAGACCUGUUUGCAAUGAUAAGACAAUUAGGACCAGCUACACUGUUUUGUAGUUUCUCAUCAGCUGAAACACACUGGAUACAUUUAUUGAGAAUACUUGGUCAACUUGUAGAUAAUAAGCUAUAUUCUGAUGACCAUUUAGAAAAUCUGAACUGGGAAGAGAAGUGUCGAUUAAUACAAAAUGACCCUGUGACGUGUGCCAGGCAUUUCGAUUAUCAAGUAAAUCAAUUUCUUACAAACUUUCUCUUGAGUCCUGCUGAACCAUUAGGUAAAAUAUCUGAUUGGUUUUACCGUGUAGAAUACCAACAAAGAGGAUCUCCUCAUAUUCACAUGUUAAUAUGGCUUGAUGGGGCACCUCAGUUUAAAGUUGAUAGUGAUGAACAAGUCACAGCAUUUAUUGAUAACAUAAUAACAUGUCAAAAACCAGUGAAUGAUGCACACUUAAGUGAUUUAGUGAAUGGUAGACAAAUACACAAGCACUGUCAUACAUGCCGUAAGAACACAAGAAGUCAAUGUAGAUUCAAUUAUCCACAGCCUCCAUUGAGGAAAACUAUGAUAAUUUAUCCUCUUGACAAUGAGAUGCCUGAUGGUGAGAUAAAAAUGCACAAAGAUAAUUGGAGUACAAUAAAGAAACAUCUAGAUGAUAUGAUAGAAGGCGAGGAUAUCUCUUUUGAUCAAUUACUAUUAAAUCUGAAUAUUAGUGAGGAAGACUAUCUGAAUGCUAUCAGCUCAUCAGUAAAUACACCCACUGUCUUUUUGAAAAGGAACCCAAAUGAAUUACGUGUUAACAAUUACAAUGCUGCUUGUCUCAAAGCAUGGAGAGCUAAUAUGGAUAUCCAAUUUGUACUUGAUGUUUAUGGUUGUGCUGUAUAUAUAGUGAAUUACAUAUCAAAAGGUCAGAAAGGCAUGAGUGAACUUUUACGACAAGCCUGUGCUGAAGCCAGAAAAGGAAAUUCAACUAUUAAACAGCAAGUUAGAGACAUCGGCAGUAAAUUUGUCAAUAAUGUAGAAAUAAGUGCUCAAGAAGCAGUCUAUAUAGCAUUACAAUUACCUUUCCGAAAAGCAUCAAGGCAAAUAAUAUUUAUAAAUACCUCUCCUCCUGAUGAGAGAGUUGAACUUUUAAAACCAAUUAAUGACAUAAAAGAAAUGGAUGAUGACUGUGAAGAAAUAUAUACUAGUGGAUUAAUAAAAAGGUAUUGUAAACGUCCAGCUAAACUAGAAAAUGUGACAUUAGCAGAUUGGGCUGCCUGGUAUGAUAAGACUGGAAAACCAUAUAUCAAACAAACAGAUGAAUUAGAUUUUGAUGGGCUGCCACUAGAAUCAUUUGUUGAUGAUGAUCAAAAUGAUGAUGAAUGCGAAUUGAAAAGUAAUACUGGAAAAUCUAAAAAGAGAGCUAAAGCUAGAAUAAUCAGAAGCGCAUGGUUUAAUAAAGAAUCUGAACCAGAGAAGCAUUACAGAGAAUUGUUAAUGUUAUUUACAUCAUGGCGCAAUGAAGAAGUUGAUCUUCUUAGUAAUUGUUCAUCUUACCAAGAGAGAUUUAUGCAAGUUCACAACAUGAUUGAUGAACAAAUGAAGCAAUAUGCUGUAUGUAGAGAAGAUCUUAGUGAAAUACAAUUGGAGAUGAAUAGACUGGAAGAAAUAUAUGAUGCUAUAGCUCCAGGCACUCAAAGCAUUGAGCAUGAAGAUUGUACUGAAGGUAACCAGGAUUUACACCCUGACUUUAACGAAAACUAUAACCUAUCAGAUGACUUAGGAAUACCAUCAGUUGAUAAUACUGAACCUUUGACAAUGAAUGAAUUACCUGAUGAUGAAUACAGACAAAUGGUACAAACAUUAAAUAAAGAACAAAAAGAGUUCUUUUAUCAUGUCCUGCAUCUUAUAAAGACAUCUGAUGAACCAUUUUACUGUUUCCUUAGUGGAGGUGCUGGUGUAGGCAAAUCACAUGUUACUAAAGCUGCAUAUCAAGCAGCUAUUAAAUAUUACAAUACUAGAGUAAGUAUAAACUUUGCUGAAGUAAAAGUAUUAAUGCUAGCACCAACUGGUAAAGCAGCAUACAAUAUUAAAGGUAACACAAUACAUAGUGCACUAGCAAUACCAGCAUGUCAGUCAUUACGACAAUAUAAAAAGCUUGAUUCUGGCAGAUUAAACACAAUCAGAUGUCAAAUUGGUGGAGUGAAACUUAUAUUUGUAGAUGAAAUCUCCAUGGUAGGAAACACUAUGUUUAAUGUGCAAUUCAAYAAUAGACUCAAAGAUAUCAAAGGUAGCUCACUACCAUUUGGUGGUGUUAGUAUUAUUGCUAUUGGUGAUUUAUUCCAACUACAACCUGUAAUGGAUGGAUAUAUAUUCAAAGAUAUGGAUAAUUUUGAAUACGGAAUUCUUGCACCUAAUUUCUGGAAAGAAUUAUUCAAAAUGUUUGAACUCAAGCAAAUAAUGAGACAAAGAGACAGUAAGCACUUUGCAGAAAUGUUGAAUAGGUUACGAGAAGGAAAUCAAACUGAAGACGACAUAAAAAAAUUCAAAGAAAGAAUAAUAAAUCAUAAUAACAUUGAUUAUCCAAACCAUGCUCCUCACUUGUUCAUUCAGAAUGCUAAAGUAAAUGAAUUCAACCAUAAAGCACAUAAUGCAUUACCAGGAACAAAAUACUCAAUCAAAGCACAUGAUAGUGUUAUAGGAGCUGAGUCACAAGAACUUAGAGACAAAAUACUUCAACAAGUACCAAGUGAUCCUAGAAAAACAAAGCAGCUAUACUCUGUACUUAAACUAGCAGUAGGUGAAAGAACUGAAAUAUCUCUCAAUACUAGAACUGAUGAUGGUAUGACUAAUGGUGCUGGUAAUGUUAUUAAACUAAUACAAAUACAUCAAGUGGACAAGCCAUCAGGUAUCAUAUGGGUACAGUUUGACCAUCCUGAUGUUGGUCACAAAACUAGACAUGAUAACAGACAGUUGUAUACUGAAGGUAUUCAACGAUCAUGGACACCAAUUAAACCUGUUACUACUCAAUUUGCUGUAGGUAGAAAUAGAACUGUACAAGUUGUAAGAAAGCAAUUUCCACUGAGACCUGCUGCUGCUAAAACUAUUCAUAGAUCGCAAGGUGAUACUGAAACUACAAUUGUAGCUAAUUUUGAAACUAAAAGAGCCAUACCUCAUAUUCAUUAUGUUGGGCUUAGCAGAGUUACAACUAUAGAAGGAUUAUAUAUAACUGAUUUUUGUGAAAACAAAAUAGCUAUUUCUCCUGAUGUUCAGAAGGAAAUGCAAAGGUUAAGAACUGAAGCACAACUUAAACCUUGCAUAACUCCAAUUUACAAUGCAGAUCCAAUCAAUUUCAAAUUAUGCUCUCUUAACUGCCGGUCUUUGCAUAAGCACAUUGAUGACAUUCGCAAUGAUCUCAAUUACUCUGCAACAGAUAUUAGUAUAUUCUUUGAAACAAGAUUCAGUCCGAUUGAAAGUGAUUCUACAUACACAAUAAAUAACUACAAUUUAUUCAGAAAUGAUGGUGUAUCAAACACAAAUGUUAGACCAUAUGGUGGUACAGCUGUUUAUACCACAUUAGAUUACUAUCCUGGGUAUCCACAGAUACRUAAUGCUUCUGAUAUUGAAAUCACAWUAACAAGAUUUAUGAUUCUCCCRCAUCAACAUUCAUUUAUUUCAAAGUAUCACAGACAGAACAUCGAUAUGGAAUCAAGUGAAAAUGAUAUUACUAAGAUUUCUACUGAUGUAUUUAGGGAAAGUACAGAAUACGAAAGAAAACAAGAUGAUAUAUCAGAUGAAAUAUUAGAUGAGAUCCAGGAUCUAACAGAAGGAAAAGCAAGUGGAUUCAUACAUAAUGUAUCACCACUGAAAAACAACAACCACUUUGAUUUCCAACUUCAAAUGAAGAGUAAGACCGUAAGAGCAGUAUGCUUUGCACCAGCAAAAAGAAAACAUAUUCAAAACUACUGCCAGGUCAAAAGUCCAGUGAAAAUAAAAAAAUUUCGCCUUGAGACUAAGAGCAACAGCGAAGAUAUAAUAUUAGAUCACACAGCAGAUAUCGAGGAAUAUCCUCAAAUAGAUUUUCAAAGAAAAGAGAUACCAACAAAUUUAACAAUUUCUCAACUUAAGUCAGUCUGUGUGGGACAACUAAUAACCAUUAAGGGUAAGAUAACGUCCAUGCAACCAAUGAAACAACUAGAAAAUAGUGCUCUCAAGCUAGUAGAAGCCAUUAUUAUUGACCCAACUGAUAGCAUCAAAAUCAUAAUAUGGCAAGAACAUAUUGAUGAUGUAGAAGAAGGCAAAACAUAUCUUUUUAAGAACAUCAGAGUUAAAAAAAACUCUGUGUCAAAAGAAACUUAUGUCAAUACCGCAAAAUCAGACAAAACAGAAAUCAUUGUUACUGAUGAUUUCACAGAACAAUUAGCAUUGCCUUUAAGUGAUUAUACAAUGAAAACUGUAAGAGGAGAGAUAUUGGGUGUCGACAGGAUCACUGUAUAUCGUAGCUGUUUCAAAUGUCACAAAAAGCUAGAGUCCUUCAACGAAAAUCAUGCAUACAUAGAAUGCACUAGUUGCAAAUUCGCACAAAAGCCAAAGGCUUGCCCACACCAAUGCGUUGUUUAUGCCACUUUUCUCUAUGACAAAGAAAAAUUGACUCUAACAUUCUUCACAAAUGUUGUUCUGUUAGUUCUCAAACAAAUGCAAUUACCACAAGACAACUUAACUGAGCAGAAUCUUAAGUCCGUAUUCUUUACAUUACCAGAAGGUGUUGAACUUACCUUUAAUAAAAAAAAUAAAGUAGUUUCAAACAUUUUGAUACAUUAGGUUAUGUUACAAGAUGUAAGUAUCUUAAUUUUUACAAUCAUUGUAAAAUAUCUUAUAAUGCAAGAUAAAGUGUUCACAUACACAUUUAGUUCAAAUUUUAGUUAUAACAUUGCGUUCUUAUAUAAAUCACUCUUUCAAAUGCGAUUUUUAGUUCUGUUCAAACUAUGCUGUUUUCUGUUAUGUUUCAUUAAUAAAUUCAUCUCUCAUUACACGUUUGUUGUAUU